AAAGUCAAUGCACAAGUUUAUCUGGUAAGUGAAAAAAACACCAAACAUGGCGGCGCGUUGCUGUGUGAAAGUGGUGGGAGUUGUAGUAUCUUUGUAAUCCAGACGGUAAAGACUGAACGGGACGUCUUGGAAGAAAACUUUCCAGGUUUUCAUCUGAGAGGAAAAGAGAGCCAAAAGGAGCCAGGAUCAGGGCAGGUAGGGGACCUGGACAUGCAUACACACCCACCAAGGAUGCACUGAACUGGGAAACAUCUGCCGAAGUGUGCCCUUCAACAAGCUAUGGCCACAGCAACGUCUGGCCCGGGAACCGUCUCACUGGGAUCCCAGGUUCACGCUGCAGCUGUCAACGGAGAUCGGAGUGUCCUCCUCAAACUCAUCACAGCGGAGCCGUCACUGCGGGACCGCGAGGACCAGUUUGGUCGGACCCCUUUGAUGUACUGUGUCCUGGCCGACCGCCUGGAUUGUGCAGAGAUUCUGCUGAAGGCCGGAGCCUCGGUCAACAAGGCUGACCACAGCCAGCGGACUGCGCUGCACCUCGCCGCACAGAAGGGUAAUGUGCGUUUCCUGAAGCUGCUGCUGUCCAGAGGUGCUAACUGGCUGCAGAAGGAUCUAGAGGAGAUGACCCCGCUUCACCUGGCCACCCGACACCCCUCCCCAAAAGCUCUCGCCCUGUUACUCAAACACAUUGGACCAGGAGAGGUCGACACGCAAGACAAGAACAAGCAAACCGCUUUACACUGGUCUGCGUUUUAUAACCGACCAGAACAUGUUCGUCUCCUGAUCAAGCACGAUUCCAACAUCGGCAUCCCAGACAGUGAAGGCAAAAUCCCCCUGCACUGGGCUGCACACAGUCAAGAGCUAAGCGCAACUCAAACUGUCCGCUGUAUACUGGAGGCAGCUCCUACCGAGUCUCUGCUGAACUGGCAGGACUAUGAGGGGCGGACACCGCUGCACUUUGCCGUGGCCGACGGUAACGAGGCAGUGGUGGAGGUGCUGACGUCUUACGGGGGCUGCAAUGUGACAGCUUAUGAUAACCUCUUCCGAACGCCGCUGCAUUGGGCCGCUCUGCUCGGUCAUGCCAAAAUUGUCCACCUGCUGCUGGAGAGAAACUCGUCGGGCACUAUUCCCUCUGACAGCCAAGGAGCGACACCGCUGCACUAUGGAGCUCAAAGCAACAAUGCUGAGACAGUUGGUGUGUUUCUGUCCCACCCCUCGGUGAAGGAUGAGCCUGAUUUGGAGGGGAGGACGGCCUUUAUGUGGGCUGCUGGGAAGGGCAGUGAUGAUGUGAUUUGCACCAUGCUGGCUCUCACCCCUCACAUUGACAUCAACAUGGCUGACAAGUAUGGAGGCACCGCACUCCAUGCGGCCUCCCUGUCAGGUCAUGUGAGCACAGUGAAGCUGCUGUUGGAGAAAGGAGCAAUGGUCGACUCUCUGGACGUGAUGAAACACACACCGCUGUUUCGUGCCUGUGAGAUGGGACACAGAGACGUCAUACUCACGCUCAUCAAAGGCUCUGCACAUGUGGACCUGGUGGACGUGGAUGGUCACACCGCUCUGCACUGGGCUGCACUGGGAGGAAAUGCUGAGGUCUGCCAGAUACUGAUGGAGAAUGGGAUCAGUCCUAAUGUGCAGGACCAGGCAGGACGGACUCCCCUGCAGUGUGCUGCCUAUGGAGGCUACAUCACCUGUAUGGCUGCUCUCAUGGAGAACAAUGCCGAUCCUAACAUACAGGACAAGGAGGGGCGAACUGCUCUCCACUGGUCAUGUAACAAUGGCUACCUGGAUGCUGUGAAACUGCUGUCCGGCUACGAUGCCUUUCCUAAUCACAUGGAGCACACGGAGGAGAGGUACACGCCUCUGGACUAUGCUCUGCUUGGGGGACACAGUGAGGUGACGCAGUUCAUGCUGGAGCAUGGCGCUCUUUCCAUUGCAGCCAUCCAGGACAUUGCUGCUGCCUCCAUCCAGGCUGUCUACAAGGGCUACACUGUGCGCAAGGCCUUCAGGGAGAGAAAGCAGCUCCUCAUGAGGCACGAGCAGCUGCGUAAGGAUGCAGCCAAGAAACGAGAAGAAGAACAGCGGAGACGAGAGGCCGUGCAGCAGGAGGUCCCAGUGUCCACUGCAGAGAAACGGAAAGUUUCUUUGGUGAGAGAAGAGCAGAAUCAGCUCUCUUUAGUCAACACUGUAGAGAGCCUAUCCAUGAAUGACUCUGUGGUGGAAACAAAGAAGUCAUCCAAAGCGGAAUACACAAGGAGUAAAGAGGAGAGACACAAAGAGCACAAGAGCAGAUCCUCCAGAAGAGGCAAAGCAUCUGAACCACGUGAGGCUCCAGAGGCUUUGAGCCACCAAAGUCCUGUCACAGCUGACACAGUGUCUGGUGCCCCUCAAACCACCAGGCUGAAGGAACUUCUCUCGCCUGCCAGCUGCUUUCAGCCACCCAUUCUCAAGCCCAGACCCCCCUCCAUACCCAAAGUCAGAGAACGAGCCACUCCAAUCAAAAGCAAUCCUUCAGGGAGUGUCUCCUCUAUGGACCACACUGAGGACACUUCCAGAGAAUCCAUCCUCAUUAGAAAGAAAGACUCUCACAUGAAUGUGCAGACUGCUACCAGCAAGAACGAUGCCCACGCCUCUCCAAAAAGGCGCCGACACCACAAGGAGCACACUUCUGAGAGAGUCUCCACCAAAGACCAAACUCACUCUGCCUCAUUAAGAAGCAGCUCACCUUUAGACCACAAACGCCUCACAAGAAAGACUGGCACACAUGUACCGACCUCUACACGUACACACAGAUACGACAAAGAGCAGUGCAGGAGGAGGAACGCGGCAGCACGCGUCAUUCAGCGAGCCUGGCGAAGGUUUCACGCACGCGGACGCAAAGUGGAGUCAAACCACACCCAAACCAGGAAGAAGGUGGAUAACAGAGCUGUACCUGCUAAACCAUCUGUGACUAAGAGCACUGUUCUUCAAAGUAUCUAUGCAUUUUCCUGCUUUUGUUAGAAGAUUUAUUUGAUGGUGGAACAGGAAGCAGAAAAUGAGGGUCUGGCCACAUCCACAUACUGUACGUCACACUCAGCAGCAGCAGCUGUUUUCUGCCCCAUGUGGUUCAUCACCUAAGAUGGCUUUGUUUCAAUCAUUAUUGAAACCAUCGCUCCUCAAUUACAAAGCCUAACGUUGCAAACAGUCUGAGAUUUAGUGGGAUUAAACAGACAUGGUUGUCAAACCAGGGUGGAGGACGCCGUCAGUGACAGUUUCUAUGAGCAGGAACCUUGUAAAUGUCUGGAUGAUACUUCAGUCCACAGUAUCAGGACAGUAUCGGCCUGGUUGAAUGUGCGGUAGCUCUGGUAGGGUUUCGACCCACAGACAGGCCUGACCUUCAUCACACAUCACCAGGUGAUGAUGGCAGGAUGGAGACAAACUUUGCUGCGCCAAAACAUGAGAGCACACACAUCAUCCCUGCCCAGAGAAGACCCAACCCACCACACGUCCUCCGCACUCCAACCUAACCUUCUGACGUGGUUUCCCCCUCCCCCUUCUCACCUCACCUCCCUCUCUCUGCUUCUCUCUCUCUCCCCCUUUCUCUCUGACAGUCCUGGCAUUGUGAAAAGUUCAGAGCUGUCAGGGGGAAUGUCAGUUAACUGCGUAAAGAUAUCUGCAGAAAACACACAGAAGCACCGACAUGGUGCCCCAUACACAGACACAAGAGAUCCAAUCGCUUCAUUUGCACUCUAAUUUUUCCCCUAAGAGAAGUCGAAUAAGUCUGAGAUAUGACUCACUACUCCUUACUGGGUCACACCGCUGGUUAAAUCAUCAUUGUGCCUUUUAAGUAUUCUACCUCAAAACUCCUGCAUUUGUAACAACACACAUGGAAAACUAUGUAGAAAUAGAGAUGACUAUAUACUAACUCUGUACACUGCACUGGUGCAAACAUUUAUCUAUAAAAUGCAAUAAAAAU